AUGCGUAAUGCUGCAUAUAAUGAACUAAUUGAAAAAUGCAAAGAGAAAUAUCCGGCUGUUAACAAAGAUUUUGUUACUAAAAAAAUUCAUAGUAUGAGGUGCAGCUUCCGGAGAGAGGCUUAAAAAAAGUGCAAUUGUCAAAAAGAAGUGGUAGCGAAUGAUGUAUAUAUUCCAACGCUGUGGUACUAUAAUACACUAAAAUUUAUCACAGAUUGUGAAAUAUCUCGUCAGGGAAUGUCGUCUUUGAAUGAUGAAACAGAAAAUGAACCGGUAGAAAAUAAUAUAGAAGGUGAGGAAAUGUAGAAUGAUGAUAUAUAUUUGAAUGAAAUAAUAUAGAAUGAUAUAAUAUAUAGUUAUAUAUAUAGUUAUAUAUAUUCUAUAUAUAUAGUUAUAAUAUAGUUAUUAUAUUAUAGUAUAAUAUAAUUAUAAUGAAAUAAUAUAGAAUAAUAUAGAAAUAAUAUAGAAAAAAUAUAUGAAAUAAUAUAGAAUGAUGAUAUAUUUUUAUGUUUAAAGUGACAAUACAUUGUGUUUAUUAAAUUGUAUUAUUGUUUGCCAUUUGUUCUUGAGAUUGGACACUGCCUUCAUUAUUAAAAUAAAUUUUAUUUUAUUUAACAGAUAGUAAAAGGCACAGUCGUCCAUACGCAGAUAAUUUUUAUAGUCACAAGGCUCAUUCGUUUUAG